AUGGAUGCCCAUAGCCAGCAACGCCCACCGGCUCCCAAGUCAGCUGGACUCACCAACAUCCUUAACAGCGAGCACGCAUCAGCUUCCGCUCCUAACGGCCCUCCGCAUAUGCGAGAUUCGGGCUUCUACUCGAAUGCAGACGCCUCCAGUAAGCACACAUCUGCAGCCUCUUUCAACGUCAACGGCCUGAGCCCAAGCGGCUCUGGCUAUCAAUCGUCAUCGCAAGACAAGACCCCGUCGCCGAUCGCCUCCAACAUGGUUCCUCAUGCGCUCGUAUCGCCCUCGACGACCAACAUGAGCGUCGCUGCCAUGGUAUCCCCCAGCACACCUGGCAACCUCGAUCCGCGUCGGGACCGGCCCACCUCGAUCGAGUCCAACGGAACUGGCCCUGUGAUGGGCGAGACGCUGGCUCCGGGAAUGAGCGGCCUGCGACGGGAAAGCGUGGAUAGCCGCAUUAACCAGGGCUUCAGUGACAUGCGACUUGGCAAUUCGCCCUAUACAUCCAACAACCCUUCGACCACAUCCAUCCAGAGUACCCUUCACACGCAGCGGAACCCGCAUCACCUUUCCGUUCAUCGCAUCUCAAACGGUUACCAGCCCAGCGCAGAGCGAAACCCCGAGCCCAAGACGAUCAAGACUGCACCCGCGAUUACUGGUCCCGCGACAGGGCACAUCGCCCGAGCGGCAGAGCCUACCAAAGGUCAGGCCUGGGCUUUCCCAGAGGAAGAAAUCCAACGUGUCGGCGCUCCCCAGUACAAUGAUUCAAGGCGUAGCAGCAUCACCGAGUCGGUCGCCAGCAGCCAAUUCACGACCGAGUCGCGCCUACCGCCCGGCCAGCGACGAUUGAAUGAGGGCGAGUUCUCACGCAUGUCCAACGCCUCGGAUUUCCUGCCAGUCCACCACCACUCGAUGCAGCACAAGCAACUGAGCGAUCUCCAAGCAGAGGAAGGCAAUGGACCCACCGGCUCCCAGCCCUACAGCAGAACCCCUGAGCUUAGAGUCAGCCACAAGCUGGCAGAACGAAAGAGGAGGACGGAAAUGAAGGAGCUGUUCGAUCAGCUCCGGGAUCUAAUGCCACAGGAGCGCGGCUCCAAAGCAUCCAAGUGGGAAAUCUUGACAAAGGCCAUCGCCGAGCACCAGAGACUCAACGAUCACAACCGACUUUUGCAGUCGCACUACAACACAGCAAUGGCAGACAACGAGAUUCUACGUCGAGAACUCAACGCUCUGCGGAUGGAGGGAGUGCAGCUACGGGGAGAUAUCAACUCAUCCUCGGGUCACCCUCCUCCACCACCACCUGCGGCACCUCACUCUGGACCGUAUCCUUCUGACCCCUACGCCAGUUCGACACGGCCGGAGCUGCCGCCUAUCCGUUCGCUCAACAACGGACCAGACUCGAUGACGGGCGUUCAGUACGAUACCCCCCGUGUCAACGGUUACCGCCAGGAGAGGUACUGA